AUAAGAGAAUGGGAGGGUGUUUUUCUGAUAUGCAAGGAGGGAAACAAGCUGUGGGAGGGUUAGGUGAAGCCGUCAAUGCAGAAAACGACGCCGUAGAUUUCUUUUACAGGUCUCAAGGGUUUCAUCAAAUGUUCACACAAGUUGAGUUAUCUCUUUCAGCAUCCAGCUUGCUUGAUCGCGACAUUGCAUCAAAGAGUGAUCCCAUGGUUGUAGUAUUUGCAAAGAAAAGAGAUGGUAAAUGUGAAGAAUUAGGUCGCACUGAAGUAAUUAUGAAUUGUUUGAAUCCAGAGUGGAUAGAGAAAAUUAGUGUUGCAUUUCACUUCGAAAUUGUGCAACCACUUGAAUUUCAUGUUUAUGACAUUGAUACAAAAUAUCAUGGUAUUCCCACCAAGACACUAAAACUGGGAGAUCAAGACUUCCUUGGAAUGGCCAGCUGCACUUUAUCAGAGAUUGUGACUAAACAAAGUAGGAGUUUAACGUUAAGGCUCCAAAACAAAAGCGGGAAUGGUGGUUUAAGAAACCUAGGAGCAAUUACUGUUCAUGCUGAGGAGACUGUUGCAUCGAAGAGUGUAGUUGAGAUGGUCCUGCGUUGUUCUCGCUUGGAUAACAAGGAUGUUUUUUCCAAAAGUGACCCUUUUCUAAGAAUAUCAAGAAUGGUUGAGAGUGGAGGUUAUAUUCCUAUCUGCAAAACUGAAGUUAUCAACGACAAUUUAAAUCCAAAAUGGAGACCAGUUUCUCUUGGUGGUCACAAGUUUGGAAGUAAAGAAAAUCCAUUAUUGAUAGAGUGUUUUGAUUUCAAUAGCAGCGGCGAUCAUGUACUUAUUGGAAAAAUGCAGAAGUCCGUAGCGGACCUUGAAAAAUUAUAUAAAGAGCGUACGGGCGCAAAUUUUGUCAUAUCAUCCAAAAGCCACAUAAAAGAGAAGGUUUUGAAAGGUCAACUGUUUGUGGAUCAGUAUUGCGAAAAGGAGCGGUUCAGUUUUAUCGACUACAUAUCUAAUGGUUUUGAACUGAACUUCAUGGUUGCUGUAGAUUUCACUGCUUCAAAUGGAAAUCCUCAACUUUCAGAUUCCUUGCAUUACAUUGAUCCNCAUGGUCGGUUAAAUUNNUACCAAAAGGCUAUAAUGGAGGUUGGAGAAGUUAUUCAGUUUUAUGAUUCUGAUAAGCGAUUUCCUGCUUGGGGCUUUGGAGGGAAGAUACCUGGUGGAACCAUAUCCCACUGUUUUAAUCUAAACGGGAGCCCAGGUGGCUCUGAGGUUGUAGGAGUUGAAGGCAUAAUGGAUGCUUAUGGCAGUGCUUUGCGCAAUGUCACUCUGUCAGGACCCACUUUAUUUGGACCAGUUAUCAACAUGGCAGCCCAAAUAGCUGGGCAGUCCCUCACAUCACACAACACAAUGUACUAUGUAUUGCUCAUCAUCACGGACGGAGUUGUCACUGAUCUUCAAGAAACAAUAAACGCUCUUGUUAAAGCAUCUGAUCUUCCCCUAUCUAUUCUCAUAGUUGGAGUUGGAAAUGCUGACUUCACAAGCAUGGAGGUGCUAGAUGCUGAUAAUGGGCGUCGAUUAGAGAGUUCUACUGGUCGUGUGGCUACACGAGAUAUAGUACAAUUUGUCUCUAUGAGGGAAGUACAGAAUGGGCAAAUAUCUGUUGUGCAAGCUCUUUUGGAAGAACUACCUGAACAAUUUUUGUCUUUCAUGCGAAGCAGAGACGUCAAGCCUCAGCCACGCCCUUCUCACUUAUCUCAAGCUUCCACAUCCACCAUGCAAUAGAUUUUACUAUUACAGACCACCCACAAGCUUUUUUUGCUCACGAAACCAGUUCAAUUUAAAUGGCCGAAAUUCUAUUAGCUAAACUAGUUUGAAU